UUAAUUGUUGUGAAGCGUAAACUCAUUGGACCAAUUUUUUCACUUCCUUCAGUGAAGUUAAGUUGUUACUACCCCAAAUAUGAAGAUUUCCAUUGCUCUACCUGUUCUUCCAAUUUACCAGGGAAAGCUAUCAACUACUACAUUUCCUCUUGCCUUGCCUGCGGUAUCGAGCACCCUUUUCGCCACACCUAAUUUAAAACUUUUGCACCACCCGAUAACCAGCAAAAGCCAAGAUAUUGUACAGCACCAAGGUCCCCACCAUUAUGAUACUACCCCUUCCGAACAUUCCGAAAUUAUAACGCGUUCCUCUUCUCUACAGUGCGAGAUUGUUAAAAGGCCGAAAACUUCCAUUUGUCAGCAGUUUCUAUGCUUAAAUGAAGAAUUUUCUGCUACGCCAAAUACCAGUGAGUUUAGAAACCUUUCACAAAAACUUGUUAUAAGUGAAAAAGAAAGCAACAUCUCAAAUUUUGAUAAGAUUAUAAGUAAAAAAACUCUACCUGUAACAAGCAGAAAACUUUUAAAGUUGUCACUGGACGAAGAAGAUGCAUUUAUUAAUAUUGAUUCUUUAUCUAGCGAAAAAACCAUUACGAAACAAAGUGCACCUUCCAGGACAGGUGAUGUCUGUGUAAGGGCGGGUAUAGGAAGUGCAAGCCGCGACCCAACGACACAAAAUCCUCCUGAUAGCCUUGAAAGUCAGGUUUCAGAGAAGUUACAACACGAAGAUACCAAUAAACCAAAGUCAGAACUUGUGUAUGCUGAAGGGGAAGCCACAGUUAUUUUAAAGUCCUCAUCGAUUAAUAAAUGCGCCUCGUUCUCCUCUUUUGGAAAUAAACAUUUUGUUGGAUUGGAUGAACACUCCACACUAGAAAAUAAAGAACAAGUUAGUCUAGUAUUACAAUUUCAAGUUGAAGAGCUUCCACACAAUCCAAAUCGAAGGGCCUACAACAAGAAAAAAAGUCCUUUUGAGUGCUUUAAAAAGAAAAACGAUACACAGGAAAUAAGCGAAGAUACCAAAAAGGAAGCACUUAGUACAGAAAAUUUUAAAACCCCUCCACUGCAAAAAAUGGGGGAUGACGAAGACGUAGACAGUCAGAAGGCGACUUCCUUAAAGAUCUCUGAAAACGAAAUUAUUCCCCCUCUUGUUCAAAGAAGCAUCACGGCACCAGACCGCUCGUCUGCUAUUGAGAACGUGGAUUCGCGCGAAAGAAAAGAGGACCCUGUUGUAAGCUGUAUUAACGAGUUCAGAAAAGUAACUAGUUCAGAAGUAUUGACAGAAGAUUUUGUGCAAAAAGAUUUCUUCGCAAGCGAUUCAGGUCCGAAUAUUGAAAAUUCACUCACGACAGUGAGCCAAGCACCUCCUUUAACCUUUAAAACUAAAAAGCUUGGAAUCACCCAAAGUUUUGUUUGUCUUAAUAAAGUCGCUCACAAGAGCACUCCUAACGACUCUAAAAAACUAAAAGCUAUAGAAAUCAAUUCUAGAAGGCACGUGAAAAUCCACGUACCCAUAAAUAAGAAAGGCAGGAAAAAAGCCAUAGUAAACCGGCGUGGCUACAGAAAGCCUGUGAGUUGUACGGAAGCUGAUUAUCAAAAAGAUAACGAACUUAUACUUCAACUAUUGCAACUUGGUCCAAGACCUUUGGAGCCUUUUAACAAAAUACGAAGCAACACUAAUCUGAAUUUAAAUUUCGAUUCUUCUGUUGCUCCUGCUUUGGAACUUUCUUCUUUGAAAACAAAAACGAAAAAAUAUUUAUCUCUUUUGCCUACAAGAAAAAAAGAGGGGGAUGUUAGGCUAAAUAAGGAUGAUAAAAAAAGUAAAGGAAAUAAAUCAGACCUUGGAAGACCUUACAAACCUAUUUUGUUUGGAAUAAGUAAGACAACCGGACUUGCCAGUGAUUCAAAGAAAGACAUGCUAAUAGAAAAGGGAAUACUUAAACAUCUUGGUACCGACUCCCAAGAGGAACAUGCAAAGACAUUAGUAGAGAAAAAAAUAAACUGCCUUACUGAGGCUCAUGAAGUGUUCUCAAAGGAAUCUAAUAAUAAAAACCUCGAAGACAAUUUUCUUCAACGGCUAAAAAUUCAAGAGUCGUUAACAGAACGCUGCUACCAACUUAAUGAGGAAUUACAAAACAUAUGCAGAAAAAGAAAAGAAGUGCUGAAGGACUGCAAGCAACUAUAUACUGUUGACGACAACCGUGAGGCCUUCGCAGGAAUUGGGGCUUCCUCUUAUUCUCGAAACUUGCUACGCGCAUUAUACAAAUAUUUUAUAACAAGUGCUCAAUACUCUUAUGAACUGCACUCUAUAAUGCAAUCUUUGGAACAAAAACGAAUUCACCUCGAAGAAUGCGUUAUUAAUAUACUGAAAGAAAUAACUUUAUAA